AUGGCACAGUCACUCCCCCGUGUGCGUGCGCAAGUGGCUAUUGAGUUCUUGCUUCUGAAUGAAACUCUUGCCGCAAUACUGGCAGAGAUGCGGUCGCUCACCCGUGUGUAUACACCUGUGAAGUCUAAGGUCAUGCUUCUCGACGAAUGUUUUAUCGCAAAAUUCGCACCCAUACGGCCGGUCUCCCGUGUGCAGUCGCUUGUGCCGGGAGAGGUGGUGGGCCAGAACGAAAGUCUUCCCGCACACGUCGCAGGGGUACGGGCGCUCUCCCGCGUGCGAGCGUCUGUGAGAGACGAGAUGGUGGCGCCGGGUGAAGGAUGCGCCGCAAAAGCCGCAGCUGAACGGCCGCUCUCCCGUGUGCGAGCGACUGUGAGUCACGAGUUGGCUGCGCUUCGCGAAGGUAGCACCGCAACUGCCGCAGCUGAACGGACGUUCCUCCGGGUGCGUGCGCUUGUGAGCGACGAGAUUGCAUCGCUCAGUAAAGGAAACUCCGCAAACGUCGCAGGUCAGCGGCCGGUCCCUCUUGUGCGAGCGGAUGUGUAUGAGAAGACUGCUGCGCAUUGUGAAGGAAGCUCCGCAAUCGUCGCAGAUGAACGGCCGGUCUUUCGGGUGGCUGCGACUGGUGAGGCUGCUGGACGACGUGGCGCUUGGGACUGGCUCUUCGCCCUGACCCUCGGGCAGCUGCAGUGGCGCCGUGCUCUCCUUUAA